AUGGAUCGCAUACUUUCUUCUCUUGAUAAUGCCUUUUUACAAGAAAAUCCGAAUUGGAAGGCUUCAAUUGAGAAACUUAACUGGAUUGAUAUCAAUUGCUUGCAAGGUUUAGUUGAUGAGACUGAAAAGUUACUUGUAAAAUAUCCAAAUCCCAAUUCAAAAGUUAAAGGAGCGAUAUACGGUGUUUUUGAGGAGGUUGUUUCACGUUAUCCUUUGCUAUUUGGAUACUGGAAAAAAUUUGUGCACAUUGCUCAUCAAGUAGAUGGUGUUGAGAAGUCAUUGGAUAUUUUAAAGCAGUCUCUUGAUGCUUUUCCAACCUCGCUUGACCUAUGGAAUGAUUAUUUACAAAUUGUUGUUACCGAUGAGCAGGAUACCGAGAAAGUCAGAGGCCUGUUCAAGACUGCAGAGAAGCUCGUUGGUUACCAUUUUCUAUCGCAUACUUUCUGGGACAAAUAUAUUGAAUUUGAGACUAAUAAUAAGGAGUGGAGCAGAGUUUUUGCUGUUUAUUCACAUUUGGCAAAAAUUCCAUUGCACCAGUACGCUAAGUACUAUACUACAUUUAAAGCACUGCUAGAUGAGCACCCAGAAGUUGUUCCCGGGGAGUUAAAAGAUACAUUUGACAUUGAAACAAUAUUUGUGCAGACACAGCAGCUUGUGAAUGACGUGUGGAAAUAUGAAUCUAAGAUUACUCAGAGUUUUUACAAUUUAAAUCCUCUUCCUGAGGAAGAAUUGAACAAUUGGAAUCUAUACCUGGAGUUCAUUGUAAACGAUUCAAGAACCCAUACCGAUCUAGCGAUUUCAGCAUUUGAGAGGGCUUUGGUACCGUGCUACCAUUACGAGCAUUUUUGGCAAUUUUAUGCUAACUGGCUCAUGAAAAAUGGCGAUGAGGCUGCUGUCUCUCAGGUCCUACAGCGUGGGAUGGUAGCAGUCCCUGCUGAGGAUAACACUUUAGGAGAGCGAUAUAUUGGACAUCUCAAGUCGCUUAUGCACAAGGACAAAGACCAUUACGGUGGGUUAUACAAGGACGCUCUGGUGAAUUUCAUACCUAAAUACCCAACUAAGGAUGCUUUAAUUGUCGAUUACCUGAGCGCUAUUAAGAUCACGGAGUAUUAUUCAAGUGUCAUGGAUUCUGACGAGUUCAUAAUGUCGCAGCAAAAUGCGUAUACUAAGUUUCUAGAGGAAGUCAUAAAUGCGUACUUUGAUCGGCCCAAAAAAAGAGCAUCGUCGCAACUUCUAUCCAUUUUAAAUGAUCAUAAUAUCGGGGUAGUCAUUGUACAAUUAUUGAAAAUGAACUGGCUAGUUUUAAAGAACGCAAUGCAAGCCAGAAAACAUUUCAAUCACUUUAGCAAAAUGCCACAACUGAAAAAUUCCACUGCCUUUUGGUUGUUAUACUAUAAAUUUGAAAAGGCGCAUGGGAAUUUCACGAAAUUGAAUAAAUUUGUUAGUCAAUUGGGUACAGAAAUAUUCCUGCCAACCACUGUGAUAAAUGACAUUAUUCAAGACUAUCAGUCGUUUUAUUUGAGUAAUAAUGAUAUUAUGGAACACGAGCGCAGGCUGUCUGUACCGCAAACCUGGGAUCCUCUGAUAGAUGCAACAUUUAAAAUUAAUGACCCACAGUGGAAGCCUUAUAAUAAGCCUUCGAAGGAUUGGUACAAGAGUUCAACAUUCAAGGAAAAUGGACACCCUGGUAUAUCUAUUGAUGUUCCGCAAAUUAACAAUUCCAUAGUUGGAAAAUCGAUUGCCACUAUAAGACGGGAGGGCACCCAACCACUACCGACCUUCAGAAACUUAGAAAAGAUCAACCAGCAACCAAAGUAUAUAGACUUCAUGGGAGAGUACAUCAAUACUUAA